AAAUUCAUGGUCGGGUGUUUACUGGAAAAGAAUAAUUAUUUUUUUUCUUCUACAUUUAUAGACUUUGAUCACAAGAUAACUCCUAUAGUCCUAUUUGGUGACGGAACCACCAUCGUCAAUCAUCAACUAAAUUCCACGAUCUCGUUGAAGAAAUUAAACUCCACUUCGCCACCGACCAAACAAUGUCCUAUGGUUCCCCCAAACCCCUUUUCUUCUCAACCGAUCUCAGCCUCUGAAGCCGCCAUGUCAGGGAGUGGCGAAGCCCAAGCCUUGUCGCCACUUGGCAACGAUCUGAAGUGCGAUGGGUACGGCGUCUUCCUUGUCGUUUCGUCGGUUUUGUUCGUUGUGUAUCUUAUGGUGCACGCCAAGAAGAACCUCAACAGGCUCUGUCGUGGAGCCUCCUAUGUUGUCGUUUCAUACUACGCCCUCCUCUGGCUCGUCACGCUUUUAAACCUCGCUUGGUCUUUUCUUCAGCAGGCAUGGCAGUGCUCUUCUGGAAAGGAGGUUGCAUGGAAUCUGCUGUCAUUAUUUACAGCAUCUGGUAUGCUGUGUCUAGAGAUAAGCUUGGUGGCUUUCUUACUGAAGGAUAACUACAUGAAUGGCAUGGAAGCUCUGGUACAGUCUUUUCUUGCAUCAGGAAUUAUUGUCUUUGUGGAUACAUUUCUUAAGGCAAUAUACGUUUUUGGAUUUGGAGUCCCAUUGUUCAAUCGCAAUGUUGGAAGCACUCACACGAUCAAGUGGAGUUUGUGGAUAGUACAUAAAUUAUUGCUUGCUGCAGCAUAUGGCUUCAUUUUAUUUGUACAGUUCUCCAAAUGGAGAGAGAAGCUGCCUCCAAGGCCCGCUUUCUAUAACUAUGUUGCUGUAAUGUUUGUCUUCAGUGUGAUUACCCUGUUUGCUUGUGGGCUAGCAGGAAUUGGCACUGGACUCGGCAAUUGGUUGUAUGAUUUCACUGUGCUUUGUUAUCACUCUUUGUAUCUUCCAUUUCUUUACGUAACUUUUCUUGCAGAUUUUUUCCAGGAGGAAGAUUUCCUUUUGGACAACGCAUAUUACUCUGAAAUGAAAGAUGCUGGAUUCUUUGAUGCUGACUGGGAAUAAUUCCUCAACAAAUUAUAAAUGGAACCGACAGGCAUCUUUUGUCUUGUGAAUUGUAAAUAUUAGACUUACUAACUAAAUCAAGUUGAACUCUGCUCCAUCAACAACUCAAUGAUAUGUUGGAUUUGUAUGAUUAUGACCCUACUGCCUGUGAAAUGCUGCUAUAGGAACAGUGCUUUUGAAAUUCAUAUUUCUAUUAACCAAGGACA